AAUCGCGCCGCCGCCGCUCAGUUCUCACCUAACACUCGAGGAAGUUCCCUGUACAGCUGGAAACUCCAAGUUCUUGAUCGCAGGCCCUGACAAAGGACAAAUAUUUUAAGAGGCAUAAAUUAAUAAUAGCAAUCAUACAAUUCAUUCUAAAAUAUAAAUUUAGAUGAUAACCAAGCAACUAAGCCAGUUGAACAAUUCAUUCUAGAACGACAAGGUUACGGAGAUUAUAACUGAAUUGACAUAAUGUGAAUGAUACAUUUUCAAAAAUUCACAGUCUUCCCUUCUGUGAAAGUGAAAUACAAGCCAAAGGAAUAUUUUGGAAGAAUACAUAAUUAAACAGUAGAACUGACUACAAUAUUUAAGGGGGAAAACUUUUGAAGUUUCCUCAUUUAAAAUGAAGUUAUGAUUGUAAUGCGCAACGGUGCAACAAAGAAAAUGUAAGCUAAAGUGUACUGUACAUUGAGGUUCUGUAUCAUGCAAAUUUCGAGCACCAAACAGAACACACAAGUUUAGUUGAGAGUAAAAUGCACCAUUACCUCAUGGACGAGGAAGACUACACCUUGAACUGGACGGAAGCUGGGAGCAACUCGACUGUAGAAGAGUCCCUAUGGUUGGACUCCCCCAGAUUUUGGACCAAUCCGGUCGUGAUAGUCCAAGCUACGGCACUGUGCUUGGUCAUUAUCUUGACGGUGUGCGGGAAUCUCCUGGUGAUCCUCGCGGUCUGGCAUACCUCCGCACUCCGUGCUCCUACCCACAUGCUGAUCGUCAACCUGGCAGUGGCGGACUUCCUCCUGGGUGCCACAGUCCUUCCGUUCUCCGCCACCAUGGAGAUUUAUGAAGGCAAAUGGCUCUUUGGACCCGUUCUAUGCUCGCUGUGGACCACUCUGGAUGUGUUGUGCUGCACAGCCUCUAUCCUCUCUCUCUGUGUCAUCUCCGUGGAUCGUUACGUGGGGGUGUCACGGCCUCUCUCCUACUCGCGAAUUAUCAGCAAGAGACGUGCAUACUGCCUCAUCGCCGGUAUCUGGGCCCUCGCUCUCGCCAUCAGUAUCGCUCCUCCGCUGGGUUGGCGGGAAGAGGUCCUGCCUCCAGGAGAAUGCCACGUCAACAAACAGCUCGGCUACGUGAUCUUCUCAGCCUGCGGGUCCUUCUACCUGCCGGCACUUGUGAUCCUGGUGUUGUACUCUCUGGUGUAUCGGGCCGCUGCAAGACACUCGCGCUUGCUCUACUCUGGCAGCAGGGUCACCAGAAGUGACGUCACACUCAGAGUGCACGUGGGCAACUCUCGGCCCCGAGCUAGUCUCCACACCAUCACCUACACCGGUGACAACGUCCACAAGGAAGCAUACAGCUGUUCGACCUCUCCCACCUUGAUGGUGUCGGCCAGCGCACCGCAUACUCCUAACGGAACCCUGGACCGCCGCUCCUUCCUGCAGAGAGGGAGUGACGCCUCCAGGAUCCUAAUACCCGGCUUAGACGGGCGAGUGGUCAAGUUCCAGAGGGAGAAGAAGGCAGCCAAAUCCUUGGCGAUCGUAGUGGGAGGGUUUCUCCUCUGCUGGUUCCCUUUCUUUAUAAUUCUUCCUCUUGACGCAGCGUGCGCCUCCUGUGAGUUGUCGGGGCUGCCGUUCACCUUGGCCUUCUGGCUGGGCUACCUCAACAGUUGCUUGAACCCCUUCAUCUACGCCUGUUCCUCCCGCGAGCUGAGACGUGCCUUCAUGGGUCUGGUGAGAGUGCGGCGGGGGAACCUACGUCACAGCAACAUCAACCUGACCUACACCAGCACCACGUCGCUGAAGAGGGUAUGAGUGGCGUCGGCCGACCCUUGGCAGGGGCUGCCCGUCGUGCGUCUGGCCCGGGGGCCUGUGGACCUCGGGGGGCUCGUGCACCACGAGACCCGGGAGAGGAGUUUCAAGUACGUCACUGGACGGAGGGCCAGCGCCGACAAGAGGAAAGCGUCUACGCUAUAACUGUUCAGUGGACUAGGGUGAUUCUACGUAUAUUUGUGACUGUCAACAACCUUGACUUUUCAGGCCAAAAGAUGUUUGUUAAUUUCACGGUGUCUGCAUUCCUCAUUUGUUAAGUGUUUUCAUUGAUUAACGGAGAGUAAGCAUAUUUAGUUGUAUGAUUAUAUACUCUAAGGAAAGAUCAUGCAGAGUAUUAUGACAAGAUCUAGCAAUGAGGCAUUCCGAGUAUUCUACAGUUUGUUUUUUAAUGUUCGAUACAUCCUUGCGUGUUUCGAGACCAUUCCUCAAAGUAACCUAUUGACUACUUACAGUACUUCAAAAAUAAAUCCUCAUGUGCUGAAAGUAAUCGAAAUAAAUCAGAUUAAUUUUAACGAAUUUUAAAGAUUUGUAUUUAUGCCCUCAGGGUUUAUAAUUUCUCGUCUGGCAUUUCUCUUGUAUAAUUACUAGAGCCUAUUGGCCUCAUAUCGUAAAAAGAUUACACAGGAGAUUCACACUCCAUAACUCAUAAAAAAUUGGUUUUUCUCGUUUUCAUUAAAAAUGACGUAAAUAUAUUAGUUGUGCAAAAAUUAAAUGUAAAAAAUAUCAUUGAUAUUUAAGUACCAAAUAUAGAUUAUCGUGAUAAUCUGUUCGUGACAAAUGCACAUCUAUACGUGACGCAAAGCUGUCCUUUUAUACACUUCCUGCGUAUAAAAGUACAUCAACGUAACCGAAGAACUUUUAAUAUAAACAAAGCCUUCAAUGUUCCUUAAAAAAAUAAGUAAAAAAUAAGCUGUAACAGUGUAAUAGCUUUUAAUUUUUUGUAAAUUCGUAACCGUCAAAUCCCAAUUAUUAUGUGUACAAAUCGAUACAACGCCCUUUCUGCAAAUAGUGAUGAACGCCAAUAGAGGUUCCAAGUUGAAACCUCGCAGGGACGGGGGAAUCUGUCCCUAGAGGAGCGAUCGUCAUUAAUAAAGAUGCAACAGAGCAUAUUUAAAUAAUAAAACUAAUGUCAGAAGUCAAUAUUGAUUAUGUGAAAGUUUUAAUUGCCUGUAUUGUACACUAAAGUAACGUUUUUGUGGAAAACAUUUCAAUGUGAUAUUCAAUUCAGUUGUAACUUAUUUGAUGUUAUAUUAUGUACAGUGUAAUAAAUUAGUUGUU